AUGACACAUACUUGCUUUGAUAAACCAAGGGAGAAUCCCCAUGGUUUGAUUUUGGAGAAGGAUGAAAGGAUGUGGGAAGAGGUGGAGACCAGCAAGGAUGACUAUGAGAAGGCUGUAUACCUGAAUGACUUUGUCACAGAAUUUGAGGAUUUCAUGCUGGACAGUUCAGAAGACGCAAGCACUGAGGAGCACUCCGACGAACUGCGAAAAGUUGAUUAUCGGCGUGCGUUGGUGUUUUGGAACGAGAUUCGGCCAAAGAGGAUACGGGAGAUCAAGAAGAGUCUUGCAGAGACAUGGGAUCCCGAUUUGGAGACCCUGCAAGACCUUGGUGUUACUCUAUGGUACGAAGAGGAGGGGGAGGACGAUACUGCGUCAGAAACAUCAGAAGAUGAGCGUGCCCGAUAUUUUGGCAAGUUUCUGAAGGAUCUGGAGAACAUUUGA